CUGCCAGCGUCAAAAAGAAAUCCCUCAGCUCCAGCUAUCUUCCUUCUCACAUCCAAUUGAACAAUUCUUCGUUCUGACAUACCUAUACUACAUACUUCCAUACAACAAUAUCAAUUGUGCAAACAUGGCCCCAAAGAUCCUCUUCGUCUUAACCUCCCACAACAAGCUGGGCAACCUCGACAAGCCCACGGGAUGGUACCUCCCUGAACUCGCACACCCCUACCACGUCCUCCACUCCAAAACCACAAUCACAGUCGCGUCCCCCAAAGGCGGCGAAUCCCCCCUGGACCCCUCCUCAAUCGACGCCUCAAAAGACGACACCAUCUCUCAAACCUUCCUAAAGCAAAACGAAUCAGUCUGGAAAACGACCUCGAAGCUCGACACCUUCCUCGGCAAAGCCGCAGACUUCGAUGCCAUCUUCUACGUCGGCGGCCACGGCCCCAUGUUCGACCUCGUCGACUCCCCCGUCUCGCAGCAGCUGAUCCGCGAGUUCUGGGAAGCGGGCAAGAUUGUGUCGGCGGUGUGCCAUGCGCCGGCUGUGUUUUACAAUGCCAGGUUGAGCGAUGGGACGUUGUUGGUUGAGGGGAAGGAGGUUACGGCUUUUACUAACGAGGAGGAGGCGCAGGUUGGGUUGAGUGAGGUUGUGCCGUUUUUGCCGGAGGAUAAGCUGCAGGAGGCGAGUGGUGGGAAGUUUGUUAAGGCGGAUGCGCCGUGGGGGGAGAAGGUUGUUGUGCAGGGGAGGUUGAUUACGGGGCAGAAUCCUGCGAGUGCGACGGGGGUGGGGGAGGCUAUUGCGAAGGCUUUGGGGGUUUAGGUAGGGAGGUUGGUGGAUUUUGUUCAUGUUGUUUGUGGGUAGUUGGUAUUAUCUGAUCUCAAUGAUAUGUGUACAUAUAUGUAUGCGUGGCUGUACCCAACUUGAUAUAUGUGAUGGAAAAAGUAGCUAUAUACUUGCAGAUCUUACCAUUACGACUUUUACUCCGUGGAUCUCUUCGUGCUAAUCUCCUCCAACUCCC